GAGCUUCUCCGCAUUCUCGCCGCUCUCCGCUUCCGACACCGUGGACUGCGGAGCAGCCCAACAUUCUUUCAUGUUUCAUUCUAUAAUAUCUUCUUAAUCUAGUCGAACCAGAUAUCAGCGACUAUGGCCGUGGCAACAGGGGCUCAGCUAAUCGCUCGGACGCUACACGAUCUAGGGGUCACCGUUAUCUUCGGCAUUGUAGGGAUUCCGGUGGUGGAGAUCGCCGAGGAAGCUAUCAAUCUGGGCAUUCGCUUUGUAGCGUUCCGCAACGAGCAGGCAUGCAGCUAUGCGGCUAGCAUCUAUGGAUAUAUGACGGGACGACCAGGAGUCUGUCUCGUUGUAGGAGGACCAGGUGUCCUCCAUGCAUUAGCAGGGAUUGGUAAUGCCUCUGCCAAUAACUUUCCCAUCCUUGUUCUCGCUGGAUCGGCCGAAACAACCGCUGUCACUAAGGGAGCCUUCCAGGAGAUGGAUGCCAUCUCGUUCCUGACACCUCACACUAAGUUUGCGGUUCGGACAUCAUCCAUUAGUUUUAUCCCUGGCGCCGUGAAGAACGCAUAUAGAACUUGCUGGUAUGGUCGUCCCGGCCCGACCUUUGUCGAUCUCCCUGCCGAUAUUAUCCAAGGCAAGUCAGCCCCCGGAUUUCGUCUGCCAGAGCCAGAAACCUUGCUGGUCCCUUCCCCGCCGAAGGCGAGUGGCGAUCCAGCAUUGAUCCUCAAGGCCUCCCAUUUACUGAAGACGGCACGCUCGCCGCUCUUGAUCGUUGGCAAGGGUGCUGCAUAUGCGAGAGCAGAGUCCGGAAUCAACCGGUUAGUCGAGCAAACACAGGUCCCUUUCUUGCCCACACCAAUGGGCAAGGGUGUUGUGCCCGACUCGCAUCCAUUAAAUGCGUCCAGCGCACGCAGUGCCGCCUUGAAACAUGCAGAUGUGGUCUUGGUCCUCGGCGCAAGGUUAAAUUGGAUUCUGCAUUUCGGCGAACCCCCCAAAUGGUCUCCCAAAGCAAAGAUCAUCCAAGUCGACAUCUGCGCGGAAGAGAUCGGACGCAACGCCGGAACAGCGGAGUUAGGAAUUAUGGGAGAUAUCGGGCUGGUCGUAGAUCAGCUAGUAUCCUCUCUAUCGAACUGGCGGUAUUCUCCUUCUCCUGUCGAAGGCAGCUUUCCAUCACUACUCGUAGAGUCAGCAAAAAAGAAUGAAGCCAAAGCCCAGAAGGCGUCGCUUCGACCAACUCCGGAGAAUUCCCCUCUGACAUAUCAACGCGCUUAUCACAUCAUCAAGACUACGUUGAAUUCAUUGUCCCCCUUCGAAGAGGGGAACAUCGUCUACGUCUCGGAAGGCGCCAACACCAUGGACAUCUCUCGUUCCGUCUUCCCUCUCAACCACCCCCGCCAGCGCCUCGACGCCGGUACAUAUGCCACCAUGGGCGUCGGCAUGGGCUACAUCGUCGCUGCCCACGAAGCAUACAAUGCGCUCCCGACGUCUUCAGGUACCAAGCCCAAGAAGAUCGUAGCCUUCGAAGGCGACAGUGCAUUCGGAUUUAGCGCUAUGGAAAUUGAGACCUUAGCGCGUUACCGAAUCCCAGCAUUGAUAUACGUAGUCAACAAUUCUGGGAUCUACCACGGAGACACGACGACGGAGAAUGCCUGGAAGACCCUGCAGGAUCAGACAGCAUCCAACGACACAAGAUCAGACGACGGGAAGAAGGGUCUACGCUCCACCAGUCUCUUGUACGAAACGCGCUACGAAAUGCUAGCCACCAUGUGCGGUGGAAAGGGGUGUUUCGUCCGUACUGAGAAGGAACUUGAAGCAGCGACGCGGGAAGGUUUCUUGAGCGAUACGGUGACCAUCGUGAAUCUGAUUGUUGAGCCUGGCAUCGGGAAGAAGAUUGGAUUUGCAUGGCAGGGAAAUAGCGCCCAAGACGGUCAGGCUAAGCUAUGAUUUGGGGAUUUUUGUUUAUGAUAUAGUCCUAGUCGAGUCGAGAUAUGAUUGAUUGGGUUGUUUGUAUAUUGUAUAUAGGAUAAAGGAUACAUUUAU